AGAUGCUGAGGAGAACAGAGUGAAAGAAUAUAACGCAGCCGUGGUGAUUCAGAGUGGGUUUCGAGGAUGUCGGGUCCGUGCUUACCUCAGGUACCUGAACAGAAUGGUGACGACGAUCCAGAAAUAUUGGCGCGGGUAUCAAGCAAGAAAACAUUUUAGGAGCAAAGUAAAGACAGCGUACUUUAUUAUGAAGAUGAAUUUCUACAAUGAAAUGGCUGUCAGGAUUCAGAAAAGAUGGCGAGGAUAUUAUGUCCGGAAAUACGUCCACAAUUAUUAUGCACUAAAGAAGUAUUUGGAAGGUGUUGCCAUCAAAAAUAAGUUUGUAAGGAAAGAAUUGGAGGAAUAUGCCAAAAUGAAAAAUAAAGAAAAGAUGAAAAAAGAUUUGGAGAAUGAGGAGCGUCUGAAGGAACACCGGGCUAGAAAGAUGCAUUACCUCCUUAGUACUGAGCAGGUUGCAGGUGUCUUUAAUUCACCAUACAGACAAUAUCCUGAUGAAAUGGAGUUCCGGCUAAGAAGAGCGAGACCAUUGAGCCAUCGAGAGCAACCAAAGAAGGACAAUGACGUGGAAUUUGUUGACUGGUCGGAUUGCAGACACCCUUAUUCCUUCCCAACGACCCAACCACUUCCUCCCAUUGGGAAAAAGAAGCCACAGGGUCCAUUCCGUAGUCCAGCUGAAGUGCUACAACAACGUUACAAGCCUUUGGAACCAACCCUAAGAGUCGGCACUUCAUUCAGCUCCCUGGAAGAGGCUCGGGAAGAACUGAAGAGACAGGAAUGGAGGAAAGGUUUCCAGGAAGAAGGGUUUACUCCAUUCUCUUCAUUCCAUAAGAAAAAACCCCAUGAACCUUUACUUCAUACUUCAACAGAAUACAAGCAGAUUCUUCAAAGCAGUCAAAUUUUUCGUGAUGAAGAUCAAGUCAAAUGGGUUUCACGCAAGGACUUCCAAACAACCUUCACACCGAUCCCGCUCUUUGACAAAUAUGGCCAUACAUAUUCCAAAGCUGGACAAUCGGUAUAACUUUCUGAGCUUAAAAUGAAUUUAAUACAGAAAAGGCCCAAGUUAUUACCAAAGAAUGUAAAAAAGUGUUUUGUACCAAACCUGUAUUAUCAACUGGAGCACUAAAUAAAAAAAAUAAAAAACAUAAAUUGCCAUGCAAAUAUAUUUGUGGACA